UCUUGACAAGUGAUCAUGUUCUUAUCAAAGUUCAACGAAGAAAUCAAUGUAAAUAGAAAACUAGCUAAGGAACUGGUUGACAAAUGGAGCCGACCCAUAUUUAAUAAGAGUACAUGGUUUGAGGACAUGAGAAAUGCUGAGGAUGACAGGAUUCCUUUCAGGAGGCCAACUGUUAAAAAGCCGGCAAAUAAAGCAGCAGGGAUGGAAUCCAGAGAUGGUGAUCUUGAUUUGGAAUUUUCACAGCCUAGGUCUGGACAGUCUUCUUCAAGGCAACAUGCAUCAAGGCCAGAAGCAACACCUUUGGAUUUUGAGAUCCGUCCCCAGUCUAAAAUUGAUCCAGAAGAAGUUAGAGCGCGAGCAAAAGCUGCUACACAAGAUCAGCAGAUAAUGAAGGUUUAAAUAUAGCACUUAUUAGAUGAAGGUUUAAAUACAGCAGAUAAUGAAGGUUUAAAUACAGCAUUUAUUAGAUGGUUUAAAUACAUUAUUAGAUAUUAAUAUAGUUUAGGAAACUGUAUGGUAGAUUUGACUGAUUAGUGUUUAUUGCAAUGCUUAUAUUUUGGUAAGUUUAGUAAGACAAGAUUUUGUAUAGGAGUUAUUACUUUUGAUUUUCAAUAGUAAAAAAUCAUAUGUUAUA